UAGUAUCCCUUUAACGUCCUCUGACGUCAUGCUGAUGCAGAUCUGCCCCGCUGGAUGCGAGCGGAGGAGAGGAGGAGAGGGAUGCCGAAAAAAUGAAACUCCUCAGCACAAAUUUUUCACAUCCCUCUGCAGGAGUAGAUGGACACCAACCUUAGGACGCCCUCUGUACAGUGGAGCGGUUUAACAGCCUCUGUUUCCACGACUGAGUGAACGUGAGCAUGCUGUCCUCGCGACAGAAACUGAGGUAAACGCGACACAUUUUUUUAGCAGAAAAAGCGACCAUAUUGAGGUCAGAGGAAAGCGUUGCCAAGACGACCAGCUUGCUAGGGAGGACACUGCAGCGCGCGCGUCACACGCCGGGAGCGAGCGUGCGUGCUUGCGAGGGUGCGCACGUGCGCGCGUACGCCACAGCUAGCCGAGGCGGUCACGGCGUCCACACAGCGGCAACGGCGGCAGCAUCUUCUCACAAGACGAGCACCAGACGACCGCGCAGUCCACGUCCUCCCGUUACCUUUUUAGACGAGCUAAAAGCGAGCCGACGCUUGCACCGGGACUCGAGUCGGUGCUCGGCGGUGUCGGAGUGCUCCUCGAGGGGAUUUAUUGAGGAUUUAUCGACAAGGUCCCAGAAAAAAAACGCUCAAAAACUGAGUUGCUGCGACCACUGGGCAACACAGGUGACACUUCCCCGGCUGUCAAAACCACCGAAAGCCCGCCGACACGUCCGGGGAAUUUUGGAGUUAUUUUGUCGUAUUAAGAAGGCCUCGAUAAAAAAACGUACAUUGUUGAUUCGUGAGGCAAACUGGACUGUCAGCCGAGAAAUUAAUAAAUAUAUUGCCGCGCUGGAGGAGAAGGAGAGCGUGCCGAGCCCGCCUGCCCGGAUGGGGAAUCAUACAAGGCUAUCUUGCUGUAGGUGGUGUGUAAUGCAGUAGAGCGGUUGUAUUUUUGGUAUUCAGCCUCCACUGUCGUUGUCUCCAGUCAUGAAGUCCCACCUGUCGGCCCGGUUAGGUUGAACGAGUUAGUGCUGUGGUGGGGCAUUUUUGAAGGUUUUUUUGUAUUGGUAUAUUUGUUAAAUUUAUUUUUAACAAGCACUUUUUUGUCUGCUUGACACUUACCACUGCUGGAGGAAGGUUAGCGAAGAGGACAAGGAGGAGAAAGAAGAAAUCUCAGGAAAAAAAAAUACAUCACUGGGAAUCUGGCCCCCCACCAGCACCCUUGGAUCACAGAUUAACAGAAUUCAAGAGGCUUUUCGAAUCAAAUGAUCUGGAUAGUAGAAGACCAAUCGGGAUGGAACGCAACAGAACCAUGGCUGGGGAAACUUUUCGGAUUGCCAAUGCUCUGAAUCAACACUGACCUGGCACCCACACCGAGGUCCGACCUCCUUACCAUCCAGCACCUCAAGGACCCUUUUUUCCCCCAACAGCUGCUUUGCCCGACAUCCCACCUUCACUCAGCGCUCCUGGUCUUGAUCACACCUCCAAGAAAGCUCUUUUUAGUCUUUCAGGGUCUGCCUGUUUUUUUUGUUUUAAUCCUCCUUUUACACUUUACCUUCCAAACAGUUGGUUAUUAUCCACAUCCUCUCAUAAAAAGACAGAAGUAUUCCAAGACAGAGUGCUGGCAGGUGGCUGAACAGUAUGAAUCCAGUCAUGUACCCCCUUCCACCUGCUCUUAGUAAACAAAAUCGGCUGGGUUUGUUGCCCAGGCCACGCCCCCUUAGUCUCAUGACAGACUGCUGCCUAAUGGGGGUCCUAGGCCUCAUCCUGCUCUUCAGCCUGGCCUCGAGCCAGAAGAUAGACCCUUCCAAACACCCCAUUGUUACUACCAACUACGGCAAGCUCAGAGGCAUCAAGAAGGACUUAAACAAUGAGAUCCUGGGGCCUGUAGAGCAGUACCUAGGCGUACCAUAUGCCACAGCACCCAUCGGUGACCGGCGAUUUCAGCCGCCCGAAGCCCCGGGAUCCUGGCAAGAGAUCCGCAACGCCACCCAGUUUGCCCCUGUGUGCCCUCAGAACGUCCAUGGCGUGCUCCCGGAGAUUAUGCUGCCCGUGUGGUUCACAGACAACCUAGACGUGGCGGCGGGUUAUAUCCAGAACCAGAGUGAGGACUGCCUCUACCUCAAUAUCUACGUGCCCACGGAAGAUGGUCCGCUCACAAAAAAACAUGAUGAAUCUUCAAUGAACAAGCCUCGAGACGAAGAUAUCCGUGACCGCAGGAAGAAGCCGGUGAUGCUGUUUAUUCACGGAGGCUCCUACAUGGAAGGCACCGGAAACAUGUUUGAUGCCAGCGUCCUGGCCGCCUACGGCAACGUGAUUGUGGUGACCAUGAACUACCGGCUCGGUGUGCUCGGCUUCCUCAGUACCGGGGAUCAGUCCGCUAAGGGGAACUACGGCCUGCUGGACCAGAUUCAGGCCCUGCGUUGGCUCAACGAGAACAUCGGCCACUUUGGCGGAGACCCAGAGAGGAUCACCAUCUUCGGCUCGGGAGCUGGGGCGUCCUGCGUCAACCUCCUCAUCCUCUCGCACCACUCAGAGGGUCUGUUCCACAGGGCCAUAGCCCAGAGUGGAACGGCCAUCUCCAGCUGGUCUGUCAACUACCAGCCCCUUAAGUACACCAAGAUCCUGGCCCGGAAGGUGGGCUGCACCUACACAGAGACGGCCGAUCUGGUUGACUGCCUGAGGCGCAAGAACUUCAGGGAGCUGGUGGACCAGGACAUCCAGCCGGCUCGCUAUCACAUCGCCUUUGGCCCCGUGGUGGACGGAGACGUGGUGCCUGACGAUCCUGAGAUCCUCAUGCAGCAGGGGGAGUUCCUCAACUAUGACAUCCUAAUAGGAGUGAACCAAGGAGAGGGGCUGAAGUUUGUGGAUGACAGCGAGGACAACGACGGCAUCUCGGCCGCAGCGUUCGACUACACCAUCUCUAACUUUGUGGACAACCUCUAUGGCUACCCUGAGGGCAAAGACAUCCUGAGGGAGACCAUUAAAUUCAUGUACACAGACUGGGCGGACAGGGACAAUGGCGACAUGCGAAGGAAGACCCUCUUAGCUCUGUUUACAGACCACCAGUGGGUGGCGCCCGCAGUGGCCACCGCCAAACUCCACGCCGAGUUUCAGUCCCCAGUUUACUUCUACACGUUCUACCACCACUGCCAGACCGAGACACGACCCGAGUGGGCCGACGCCGCCCAUGGAGAUGAGAUACCGUACGUGUUUGGCGUGCCCAUGAUUGGUGCCACAGACCUGUUCCCGUGCAAUUUCUCCAAGAAUGAUGUGAUGUUGAGCGCUGUGGUCAUGACUUACUGGACCAACUUCGCCAAGACUGGGGACCCCAAUCUGCCAGUUCCUCAGGACACCAAGUUCAUUCACACAAAGCCCAACCGCUUUGAAGAGGUCAUUUGGACCAAGUUCAACUCAAAGGAUAAACAGUACCUCCAUAUUGGCUUAAAACCUCGUGUUAGAGACAACUACAGGGCCAACAAGGUGGCCUUUUGGCUGGAAUUAGUGCCCCACCUCCAUAGUCUACAUGAGGAGCUCUUCCCCACCACUACCCGCUCGCCGCCAGGCCCUGGCCCUGGAACCCACAGACCCUGGCCCAGAACCCCAGGCCCUCGCACCACUCGUCACCCCUACCCUACCUUCCCCUCUGAUCCGGAGCCUGAGGGUUCGGAGCGUCCACACCAGGACCUCUUCCCCGGAGACACCCGGGACUACUCCACUGAGCUGAGUGUGACAGUCGCCGUGGGGGCGUCGCUUCUCUUCCUCAACAUCCUGGCCUUUGCCGCCCUUUACUACAAGCGUGACAAGCGGCACGAGAUGCGACGCCACCGGCUGUCUCCUCAACGUGGCGGCCCCGCCAACGACCUGGCUCACAGCCAGGAGGAGGAGAUCAUGUCCCUGCAGAUGAAGCACUCGGAGCACGAUGCUCACCACGACAUGGAGCCACUGCGGCCACACGACAUCCUACGGCCCGCCUGCCCACCUGACUACACACUGGCGCUGCGCCGCGCCCCGGACGACGUGCCGCUGAUGACACCUAACACCAUCACCAUGAUCCCCAGUACCAUCACCAGCAUGCAGCCCCUUCAUGCCUUCAACACCUUCCCCUCCACUGGCCACAACAACACCCUGCCCCAUCCCCACUCCACCACCAGGGUAUAGUAGGGACUGGCCUGACACAGCGCCACCUAAGGACCAGGAAGACUGGCUAUGCUAAUGAUCUAGAACUGAAGCCCCUGGAAGUGGGCCUUUGUUCUGUUCUCUUAUUCUCUUGUUUCUCCAAAAACAACUCCACCUCCUCCAUCAUGUGCAGCAUGCUCCACUGGUGGCGUGUGGAGAAGCAACUGAACUGCACGGCAGCAGAUGAUCAGUUUGGGGCUGAUGUAGAUCUUUCAAUGAUACUGUUUUCACACAAGGUCUGCUGUUCCAGACUAAAGACCCCUGACAUUUGUCGUAGGGAUGAAUGCUUUCCGCCCCUUGCUGUUUUCCCCUUUUUACUUUGGCGUCUUCUCUUUUUUCUCUCCCUAGUGUGCUAUGUGCAUAUAUCGUUCUCUUUUCUACAUCUGUGUCUUACCCCUGCUUUGUUCCUCUCAUUCGACGUGUGAUUCUCUCCCUCUCCCCAGUGCUCCUUUGCUCGAAGGAUUCAUAAACUGCUGAGCUGUAGGAGGGGGCAUAGAGUACAUACAGUAAUCAUAUAGCUAUGAAAACAUUGAUAUCUGAUACUUUCAUUCUACCAGCAUUCUUGGUGCCAAGUAUGUACUACAGUGUUUGCUUUCUCAUCAAGGGAGAAAAAAACGAAAGAAAAUUCUAGAGUAUUCCUAUUUACUGUCAAUUAACAGAUGCUGUGUGUUCUCAUGACAAAGUGCCAAACUGGCCCUCGAUUGUGUUUUUUUCUUUCUUUCAUCUUCUUUUUUUUAAGCAUUUGUUUAAUUGUUGUUUUUUGUGGAAAGAUUUUUUUUUUGCUGAAAAUAUAGAUAUAGAGAAAUGAUAUUAUAUAUAGUUAUAUAUAAAUGUGUACAAAGGAGAAAGUAUAUAAAUGGGUUUUCUCAGUGGGGAUCUAUGCAUGAAUUAUUUUUAAAGAUGAUGACGGGGGAAAGAACACUGUAUCUGUCAAUGCACGUUUCCCAAAUCUAAUCAAAUCAUAUUGGUCUACUCUGAAUAUUUUGGUUUUUGUUUUACCUCACAGAACAAGAACACCACAGAGAAUCCUUUAGUAACCCCCCCCCCAAAAAAAAUACUCACCCUCACCUCCCAACACCUAUUUACUAAAGAGUCAUUGCCAUAAAUCUCAGAAGACAAUAGGGUCAAAGCAACAACUGUGAACAUACUCUUCCCUCCAUUCUCUCUUCAUGAUGUUAUGAUGUUAUUUAGAAGUAUUUCCAGGUGAUGCAGCACGCCAACAGCAAGCCCAUCAUCCUACAGUAGCUACUUUUUCUUUCCUGUAUCUGUAUGGAGAUGAUCAUUUUUUAGGGUACUUGAGGUGCCACAUCUGUUGUUGUAGCUUGCCUGUACAGAAUUAUUUUUGUAUUUCAGUGAAGGUGAGAAACAAAGCAGAGACAGGCAGCCUUUGCUCUUUUAAGUACACCUUCCUUCUCCUGUCUGCACCCCUAUUUCCAGCACAUGCAUAUUCUGUUUGAUAUAUGCCUAGAAGAGAGCGUGUGUGUGUGUGUGUGUGUGUGUGUGUGUGUGUGUGUGUGUGUGUGUGUGUGAGAGAGAGAGAUAUCAGAACUGCUUCACAUGGGCAUAGGUGGGCCCUAAUUAGACAGCAAAGAGAUAGAGAGGCAGACAGACAGGAUCACCCCCAUGGAAAAAGCAUAGACUCCAAAAAGACUUAUUUUCUGCUGUGUACCCAAACACCCCCCUCUGUAUCAGCAUCCCUUGCUCCUCCCCUCUCCUCUCUCCGUCAGCACACUAGUUUUGCAUUCAAAACUGAUACCCAUGUUGCGGUGAUCACCCAUAACCACAAAACUCUAAAACACCUGACUUCACUGUGUCAGUGCUGUUCUACACAAUUUCUGACCUCAGUUCAGCUCUGCUAUUAUCCUCACACUGAAGGGUUAGUUCACUAAGCUAGUGACCUUUUGUGAGCAGCUCUAAAUUAAACUCUAAGCACACUGAGGGUAAUCGUUGGGGCUUCACGGCCUGUGUUACACAGAGCUGCAAGAUGAAAAGGGAGCUCGGAUCUCCUAAACAGGGUAAAGCAACACAGUUUACUACUGCUGUUUCUGAUUGGGCUCUUUUCUUUCAGGUGAGAAAGUGAAGGCCUACAGCUCAGCGAUGCCCCCCUCCAAGUCUCUAAAGAUCUCAAACAUGGAUCAUGGGUAAUACUCUGCUUAAUACAGUAUGUUAACUGAACUGAUGUGCUGGUGUUUGAGCCCAUGGGAACACACUACAUCCAGUGUGGGAGAAGUUAAUCACUGGUGUUGUCUUUGCUUGUGCUCUAGCUUUAGCCUGUUUGUUUGUUUUCUAUUUUAUUACUGCCUAACGGGGCGGUGGGGGAGAGAUAUACCUGGCUGCUCCUGUCAGAGAUUUUGUAAGCCCACUGAAAGGGAAAUGUGCACAAUGUAAAACACAAAACAACUGACUUGGGAGUGCUGCAGGUGGAUAAAUGCUGUGGAUCAGAUGACGGACAGCAGCACAAAGAAAGGUGCACGCUGUGGAAAACAGACUUUGGGAGGAGAUUGGAAAAAGACUCUCAGCCUUAAAUGUAGAAAUCAGAAUCAGAUUAAUCAAAAGAGAGGACGAACUGAUCACUAGCAACUAACGACAUUCAAAGGCAUGGCCAUCUUUCUACCCACAGCCAGGAGGAUACCUUACUAAUCUGUCCUACGGAGGAUCUGAUCUGACUGCCCAGAUCCAUUAGAACCUCUGUACUCAAUCCUGUGGAUAAGGAGACAGGGAGGAGCUGUGAAGUGAACCUCACCACAGCUACAAUGACACCACUGGAGGUUAAAAAUAGAAACAAGGUAUUUAGUUUGGUCUGCUCUUUUCCCUUGUCUAUUUUAUAAGCUAACACUGGAGGGCGCCAUCGUGACAGGGAACUGGAUGUGUGAAGAAAAAUACCAAACUGGGAGGCAGGACAGAGACAGACACACAACGUCUGGAAGAGGACAAAACUGUACAUUUUUAUGUGUAAGAAACAAACAGACAAAAUAUUUGUAAAUAUUAAGUUUCUUGUUUGUUUUUCUUUUUUUGAGUGAAUGAAUGCUUAUUUUGUGACAACAUAAGACAACAGGUGCAGUUUGCCAAAAAAAGGCCACUAACUGGUUUCAAAUUUGUUGGUGAGUAUAAAAUCCUUGCCACUGGUCACUUUUCAUACCAUCAGAAAAAUACUUAUUCACCUGUUGCCCUUUAUCAUGUGGGCAUCCUGUAGCAUCAUGGUUUCUAACCAGUAAAGUCACUGUAGCAGAAAUUCAUCUCCACUGCAGCCACAACACGACAGAAGGCCUAAGAUGCUGCAGUUGGCAUUUGCUAGUUUCGUUGUUCUUUGUUCUGGGGUUAAACUAGAAGAAUCAACUACCAUGAGUUUUUUCGAGUCGAGAUUUAGCAAACUUUUAUUUUAAUAAAUGUCUCCUGAUGAAUCUGUAUUUAUGGAAACAUCCCAGAGGGUACGAGUGCUGAUAAAAGCCAGCUGUUGCCAGCUAACUAAUGUAAUGGUGGUCUAGGAAAGUGUUUCAUGGUCAGGACUUCUAAACUGAGACACUAAAUGAAGUGCAGUAAGUUAAAAGUUAGUUCACCUCACAUGUAGCAGUGUUUACAUGUAGCCACUUAAUCACAUGUGUGACAGACAUGAGGGCUUUGAUACCAUAAGAUGCCUCAUAUCCUCCUAGAUAAAUGAGAUCACACAUGUGGUCUGACUUUUUUCUUCCUCACACUGUGUUGCAUUGUGGGUAUGGACGCUGUGUUGACUUAACAGUGAUGUGUUGUAGCAGUGAAGAGAUUCAACAGUUGAGAGAUGGAUGAAAGUAUGUUUGCAGCCCCUCAGUUCUCACAGUUUAUUCUUAUUUCAACAUGCCUGAAAACUCAGCCAAGCAAAACAAGCUGACUUCAUAUCACUGAGGUCAGACCCUGUGUCAGGUCAGUGGUGCAUGGAAGCACAUGAUUAACACCAACAAUGGCAAACAUAUACAGAGACAGAGACACUUACACACUGACUCACAUAAACCUUCAGCUUGGUCUCCAUUGAGAAGUUGCACCUGUUGUCUUAUUUUUACAUUCUUUGUUGAAUUCAGAAACCCAAGACUUGAGAUGAAGAAAAAUGUUAAAUAAUGGAAUUUAAAAAAAGAUUAUUAUUAAAAAAAGGUAUAGUAAAACUAUAUAAAUAAAUGAGGUGAUGAUAUUUCUGUUUACUUUAGAAGUUAUUAUACACUGUAUGCUGUGAUUCUGAUCUGGGAAACAUUAAAGACAUUCAUAGCCAG